GUGUCCAGAGAGACGGAGGAGUGUCUGGAUGAAGGGAACGUCAGAAAGAGAUAAAUCAGCUGUGUGACUGAGUUUUAGUCAGAAAGCUGCCAGAACUCAGCAGCUUCUCCUCUCUGAUGAUGGAGACCAAGGACGGAGCAGAGCUCUGCUUUCCAGAACUCCUCAACACCUCCUGCAGGAAGCCGGCGCCUCCUGGUUCUGAAGCUGUGCUUGGACACAUCCUGAUGUCCUCUGUCUCUGUGCUCACUGUGACUCUCAACCUGCUGGUCAUCAUCUCAGUCUCACACUUCAGGCAGCUUCACUUUCCCUCUAACCUCCUCCUCCUCUCUCUGGCCGUCUCUGAUUUCCUCGUGGGCCUCCUUGUGUUGCCCAGUGAAAUCUUCCGACAGUCAGCCUGCUGGUUUCUUGGUGACCUCAUGUGUUCUCUGUAUAAUUAUGUAACAUUAAUCAUAACGUCUGCCUCAGUAGGAGACAUGGUCCUCAUAUCAGUGGACCGUUAUGUGGCUGUUUGUGAUCCUCUGCAUUACUCCACCAGAGUCACUGUGAGAAGAGUUCAAACCUCUAUCUGUAUGUGCUGGUUCACCUCUGUUUGUUACUGUGGCUUAAUUUCAAAGGGUGACCUAACACAUCCAGGCAGACCUCGUAUUUCCUGUUUUGGGGAGUGUGUAAUUGUAAUGAAUGACAUCACAGGGGUCGUUGACCUCGUUGUGACCUUUAUCAGUCCCAUCUCCGUCAUCGUGGUUCUGUAUGUGAGAGUGUUUGUGGUGGCUGUGUCUCAGGCUCGUGCCAUGCGCUCUCAUGUUACAGCUCUCACACACAAACCAUCAGUGAACGUAAGAACCAAGAAAUCUGAGCUGAAAGCAGCCAGAGCUCUGGGUGUCGUCGUCGUGUUUAUAAUAUGUUUCUGUCCAUAUUACUGUGUCUUUCUUGCAGGAGAGAACUUACUCAACGCUCAAUCUGGGGCCUUUGUGCUCUACGUGUUCUAUUUUAACUCCUGUAUAAAUCCUGUCAUUUAUGCAUUAUUCUACCCCUAG